CAACACGUCGACACCUCUUUUGAAUCCGCACAUUGUUACCACUGAUUUUAUUCUCCGCAUGGUGCGCAUCGCUUCCAAAGCGUGAGUCGAAAUAAUCUCAGCACAGCCCUUACCCUUUUGUUUCUUGAAACUACUAACUCUAACUAGUGACAGCUCUCGUGUCCUCUAGAAGUGGCACUCUUGAGAAAAGGAUUUACAGCGACGGAUAUCUACCCGGACCAUAUUAAACAUGUUUGGCGGCUGUUGCGGUCUCUGUGAGGACAAGGAGUCCGACGAGAGCAAGAAGAAUGCCAUGCAAGUUUACAAAGACUCCGCCACGAAAGGAAACGAAGGCUACCCUGAAGCGAUGGAAAGGCCCGUUUACAUUCCCGCAGACAAGCACGAGCAGACCAUCGUUGCCAAUUCCAAAACGCUAUCCUGUGCAAAAGCAUCGUACUCGUAGUAACUGCAGUUAUGCAAUACAAAUCUUUUUCCUAAGGUCAAUUAGCAUGACAAAUUUCAUUUCUUAUGCUGAGGAAAUUUGUAUUGCAUUUAUACGAGUACGAUACUUUUGCAAUGCAUAGACGCGAAUGGUGCACGAGCUAAAGACGAAUCCGCCAGAGCUGAAAUCGACGCCGCCAGGCUCUUAUCAAAUGCAAAUGUGUCUGGGUCUGCAAGGUUGCAACUUGUGAUGCUGCAUUUGGAUACUACAAAAAUCUGUAUUGCAUUUCCAGCAAAAGAGGUCCAGUUUUUGCAACGGCGAGAGGGCAUUUCUCAUGCGGAAUAAGCAUCAGGAAGCCCUCACAAAAUCUGUGAUGCUAGGGUAUGCAUCACAUACGUCAGGAGUCAUGCAAAGUGUGCAUGACAAACACAAACCUUGCAUCCUUCCAGACCCAGACAUUUUUGCAUGUGAUAACUCUCCGAAGGGCGCCGUCGCGGGCACUACAACUAGUAACCCUGGAGGCGGUGGACCUACUAGUUCGUUAAGCGACAAUGUUUCCACUACUACGGCAGAUACAACUUCUGCUUUGGAGAAGGCGAGCGCAGUCGCCGCCUCGGAAGGAGGGGACCAAAACGCUGCUACUUCGCCUUCCAGUUUAUGCAUUGUUGCAAAUGUGUAGUCUGGUUCGGGAAAGUCGUGACGGUUACUUAUGCGCGGAUGAUAAGCUAAGCAACCUCGUUCUCCACGACUACCACGGGCGCUUGCGUAACAAGUGAGCAUCAUCUCGGUGACCCUACGUUUAGCGUGUGGAAAAACGGCAUGACAAAAAAUCGCACGAGUUUCACAUGGGUGGAGACACCAAUUUUUUGCGCUCCACUAGCUCAACACGCAUGACAGACUUUUCUCUCUUCCCAGCCAAGCAUGACAAGUUCCGCGAUGUUCCAGACCCAGACAUGUUUGCAAUGCACACAAGGGCGCCAGCCUCGAUGACCUUGCGAAAGCGGCCCGGGGGAGCCAGAAAGCAAACGCCGCGGCUGCGAAGUUCAUGGCCCGCGCGAGUGGAGGGAAGAAAAAGAAGGGGAAGGCGUGA